UAGCUAGCUAGCUCUGUGAGAGACUUUUUUUUUGUGUGCUGUAGUGAAUAGCACAACAGAUUUUUUGUUACAUUAUCAGUACUACCACUUACACAUCGUAUACUUUCAAAUGCCAGUGUUGUUUUUACAAAACUACAUCAUUUCUCUCAAACUUCUAGUUAUGCUUUCUGGUUGUUAGUAUUUGGAAAUAACUUCUGUAUCAGGAAGAACUUAAGUAAUUGCAUUUGUCUUAGGAUUACACCGGUUUUUAAAUUGCACUUAACUGUGUUGUUACCUGAUUGUUCACAACCUGUGCACAGAUCAUACAUUGCUGACGGCAUCAGGAGGAGUCAAGGACUGACACAUACGGGAACAGUAGUGGGUAUUUCCAGAACUGCUCCUGUUGUGGUGUAGGACAGUAGAAAAUAUCUUAUGAAUUGUAUAUAUACUCAAUGAAUACAUACAUAUUGUUGUAUUGUUAUGAUUAGUUAUGUGUCCUGUAGUGGCCAAAAUAACACGGCUUUAACAUACAUAGUUAUUGUAUAGUCAUACUAUAGUCAUUAUUCUUGCAAUACAUAGAUUUUACUAAAAUCACUCAUCAACACCUUGUUUAUUGACUUGAAGUCAGUGUCUUUGGUUUCUUCUGGAGUGUGUUCUCUCUUGUCUGUGCUGGGAAGAAACUACCACAAGUUCUCAAUUGUGUUUGACCCUUUGAAGCCAAUUAUGCCAAAGGAUAUCUUCAGAGAAGCAGACUUAAAUGGCACUUUUUAAAUAAAACUGUUCAUAGAAACAUACAUUUAACUCUGUCUGAAUUCUUCAUUGUUGAGUGCUAAUGCUGUUACUUCGUCAAAAAAGUGAAUUGUUUAGUUUAAAAAUUACUUCUAGCCUUUUUUUUAUGUGCUUAAAGGCCCGCUUAUACCUUUCUUCCCAUGCAAAGGGCUGCAUAAUUGAUGUUGUGUUCCCAUGGUCAUCCGAAAUUAGGGAAGGAAAAAAACCUCUCCUACUCCAAUGUGUUGUUGGAAAUCUGACAUUCCCUUAUUCCUCACAAAACGUACCAGAUUCGAUAAAUUGAGCGCACGCUCCUGGAGUUCAGGUUCUAUGUUUAAAUAGUUAAAACUAUGCCUUACAUUGGUGUACAUAUUCAUUCUUGUCCAGGAACUCAUUAAUACAUGCUAAUGUUCAGUGAUCAUACGACCACCUGCUUCCUCCCCUUUAUUUCUCCUUCAGCUUCAUCACAGUGACUUUUGGCCGACCUUUAGCUGUUUUUCCCCAUUUGGCCAAUUUCCAUUGCCUGUUAUGCCAUAAUAAGCAAUUUUGUAUCUUGGUGCACUAUAACUCCAAACAAUUUAUGUGAAAUUCAAGAAGAAGUCCUUGCACCUGGUGGAUGCAAAGAUAAAAGUACUCUGUUGUGAAUUCAGUGCUUCUGUGAAGCCAGAUCAUUAAGAAAAAAAGGGCUGUUCACAUACCAAGCAAAGCUCAAGUGGGUAGUUUUAGAACUAGUGCUCAUUGAUGCCUUUUACUAAACUAAUAUAUUGGACCUUAAGCUAGUUUAUUGAUUUCUAUUGCUAAGCCAACCUGUAUCACCAUAUUCUCCUGAGUUCAUGUAAUUAUGUUCAGGAAUAAUUGAAUAGGACCAUACGUUUAAGCAGAUCGUAAAACACUUCAGAAAUUUUUGUACUGUUUAAUUUAAAAUCUGUGUUGCAAACCAUAGACAGGUUUUAAAACUAGGUGUUGUGUGCUUUUAUGCAGGGGAUGAAGCUUCAUACUUUGUCACUGUUUUCUUGCAGUGAUAUAUGCAGGACAAAAAUCAGAAGAAAUGAUGCUGUGAUACUGAAUUGUGUGUGAAAGCUUUUUACAUAAUCCUUGCUGUCAGAUCAGUAGGCUCGAUGUGUUUUGCAGAUGUAAACCUUUUCAGUAAUAGAAAGGUAGAGUAAUUUACUUCCUCUCUAGACUUGAUCAUCCUGAGUAGAGUUUUAUGGAAAGAAUUUAUCAAAGAAUACUAUUUUUUUUUAUAUGUUUGUAUUAAACCAGUUGGUAACUGUUCUAAUGUAAUCAUAUUCAUCCAGAUUUUGAAAUAUUUUAAUCCUCAGCUGUUUCUGCAGGGAUGGCCAAGUAGAAAUUUAAAUUAGUAGUUUUGUUUUGUUUUUAACGUUGCUUCAUAUCAGCAAUAUAUUAUCCGAGCUUUAUAAUUCUAUGAAAUAUGUAAUCUUCAUAAUUCUAUCAUGUAAUUGUAUUGAAUUUAUUAGUCUGCUCUGGAAGGCUUUGUGACAAGCUCAGCAAUAAACUCCUGAACUUCUAUCAAGACAAAAGAUGCUACUAGCAAGGAAAGGAUAUAAAUAAAUUUAGAUUUGAUGCUGCUCUACCACAGAUAAGAAAGAGAUAAGAGCCCACUCCCUGUACUCAAAUCCAAGGAAUUAAGUAAUAAAUUGGCAUGGUUGUUUGUGCUGGGCUCCAGUUCUGACAAGGUUUUCGGGAGAUCUCAAAACAAAUACAACAACUUAGGGGAAGUAGUCUUUUCCUAAUUUGAAGUGGAAUAAUCAGUAGUGAAGGGUUCUGCCAAAGGCCAGUUGAGCGUGACAUUCUGAAAGACCAGAAGGAGCCAAAGAGAUAAUUCCUUGACGCUUGGCGGAUGGGCAACAUCCUGGAGAGUUGUAGCUGUAUUAUUUUUAGCAAUUUAAUCAAAAUUGUGAACAUUUAUUAGUGUGUUAGGUCCAAAUAAUAAUCUUGUGUCAUCAGCUCUCUUUCCCAUGCUUAAGAAUGCCUCUUAAAAUAGAAAGGAUAUGAAAAAGCUUCACAGUGGAGCUAUGGAUGUCACCUCUACCUCUUACAGCCACUUCACACUGUGUUGAAACCUGAGUUCCAGCUGUGGGGUUGGCCUUUCUGACAGUGGGGCUUGGGGCAUCAGUAGGGACUUUGGCGGUGUGGUUGAGUGGUUGGCCUGCAGACGGGUUAAAAUGCGGUCUUGGGCGAAGCCUGCAGCUGCGCGCUCUCUCUGCUUCAUCACUGUAAAAGCCUCAGACUUGAGAAAAUGCACUGCUGCUGUGACUCAGGAUCCAAGCAGAAGAGCAUCAAGAAAUUUGACGUUGUUCUUAGUAUUUUCUGGUGGCUAUCAUCCAGUGAAAAUUGGAGAUCUCUUCAAUGGCCGGUAUCAUGUUAUUAGAAAGCUAGGAUGGGGACACUUCUCUACGGUCUGGCUAUGCUGGGAUAUGCAGGGAAAAAGAUUUGUUGCAAUGAAAGUCGUAAAAAGUGCCCAGCAUUACACAGAGACAGCCUUGGAUGAAAUAAAGUUACUCAAAUGUGUGCGUGAAAGUGACCCUAAUGAUCCCAACAAAGACAUGGUUGUGCAACUAAUCGAUGACUUCAAAAUUUCUGGAAUGAAUGGAAUACAUGUUUGUAUGGUCUUUGAAGUACUUGGACACCAUCUCCUAAAAUGGAUAAUCAAGUCCAAUUAUCAAGGCCUUCCCAUCCGUUGUGUAAAAAGUAUAAUUCGACAGGUUCUUCAAGGUCUAGAUUAUCUACACAGCAAGUGCAAGAUCAUUCAUACGGAUAUUAAGCCAGAAAACAUUCUGAUGUGUGUGGACGAUGCCUACGUUCGUAGAAUGGCUGCUGAAGCUACUGAAUGGCAGAAAGCUGGAGCUCCUCCUCCUUCUGGCUCAGCAGUGAGUACAGCUCCACAGCAAAAGCCUGUUGGGAAAAUAUCCAAAAACAAAAAGAAAAAACUGAAGAAAAAACAGAAGAGGCAAGCAGAGCUGUUAGAAAAACGCCUGCAGGAAAUAGAAGAACUAGAGCGAGAAGCUGAAAGGAAAAAAAUAGAAGAAAAUGUAACCUCAGCUGUACCAUCAAAUGAACAAGAAGAUGAGUACCACCCAGAGGUGAAACUAAAAACAGCUGAUCUCGAGGAGGUCGUAGAUGAAGAACCUGGAAAUGAUGAUGGUGAAGCAGAAGAUCAGGAUGAAAAAGAAGACACAGAGAAAGAAAACACUGAAAAAGAUGAUGAUGUUGAGCAGGAACUUGUCAGCAAUGACCCUACAGACCCUAAGUGGAUAGAAUCUCCUAAAACAAAUGGCCAUAUUGUGAAUGGCCCAUUUCUAUUGGAACAACAGAUUGAAGAUGAAGAUGACGAAGAGGAAGAAUGUCCAAAUCCAGAGGAAUAUAAUCUUGAUGAGCCAAAUGCAAAAAGUGAUUACUCUUAUAGCAGCUCUUAUGAACAGUUUAAUGGUGAAUUGCCAAAUGGACGUCAUAAAAUUCCUGAGUCACAGUUCUCUGAAUUUUCAGCGUCAGUGUUCUCUGGGGCUCUAGAGUCUGUAGCUUGUGGUUCUGCUGUUUCUGAAGGAUCAACUGUAACAGAAAGAGAGGAGAGCAGCCCAUCUCAUGACAGGAGCAGAACGGUUUCAGCUUCAAGCACUGGGGAUUUGCCAAAAACAAAAACUCGUGCUGCUGACUUACUGGUGAAUCCACUGGACCCAAGAAAUGCAGAUAAAAUUAGAGUUAAAAUUGCUGAUCUGGGAAAUGCCUGCUGGGUGCAUAAGCACUUCACAGAAGACAUCCAGACAAGACAAUAUAGAUCCAUAGAGGUUUUAAUAGGAGCAGGUUACAGUACACCUGCUGAUAUCUGGAGUACAGCGUGUAUGGCAUUUGAGCUAGCAACUGGAGAUUAUUUGUUCGAACCACAUUCUGGUGAAGACUAUUCCAGGGAUGAAGACCACAUAGCAUUGAUCAUUGAACUGCUGGGAAAAAUCCCUCGAAAAUACGCUAUGUUGGGGAAAUAUUCCAAGGAGUUUUUCACCAAAAAAGGAGAACUCCGGCACAUUACGAAGCUGAAGCCUUGGAGUCUUUUCGAUGUGCUUGUGGAGAAGUACGGCUGGCCUCAUGAAGACGCCGCGCAGUUUACAGAUUUCCUGAUCCCCAUGCUAGAAAUGGUCCCAGAGAAACGUGCUUCAGCUGGAGAAUGCCUUAGGCAUCCGUGGCUGAAUUCUUAGCAGAAUUUCUCAGCUAUAAAACAAGCCAGCAACCACUUUUCAAUGCAUCGGACCUAAAUGGUGACUGUGACAAAUCCUCUAGCAGGAUCACACGUGAGCUGGCUUCAAUCCUCAGACCUUUAUUUUGCUUGAGGUACUGUUUGACAUUUUGCUUUUCGUGCACUGUGUUCUUGGGGAAGGGUAGUCUUUUCGUCCUCAGCUAGUAGUUUACUCACCCACUUUCUUCAGAAAACACUUAACGUGUCUUUAAGCAUUGUUUCUUGUGUUGUGUGGCAUUCAGAUGUCAGAUUUUUGAACAAAAGAAACUUCCUCCCAUGUGUUUUGGCAAGUUUUGUAACUAUUUAUGAAAGAACUAUUUUAGCUGAUGCAUAUUAUAUAAUUUACAAGCGUAAGAAAUUUAUGAAGUCAGAAGUGAGUUACGGCAAGGAAUUGUACAAUUUUAUCUUCUGGCAAAGGGACGUCAUUCUUGUAUUAUAGUGUAUGUAAAUGCACCCUGUAAAUGUUUAUUUCCAUUUAAAUAUGGGCCCGGGGACUCAAUUUCAGAGUAAAGCUACUAAGUUUUAGAGAGCUUUAUAGCAAACCAAUUGCAUGUAGUGGACUUCAAACUGCUUUAAGGAAUUGUGUAAACUUUCUAUUCUGCAGCAGUUCCCAUUCAUUGGAUUUUAAACAAAGUGGCUCUGGUUUACAGGAUUUCAUUCCCCAAAUGGCACUUUAAAGGAAGGCUAGACUUCUUUCUAAUAAAGUAUGCAUUAUCAUUUAGCACUCCCUUUUAGAACUUUUGCCUAUUUUAAGUGCUUUUAAGGAAAGAAAAUAGCAAUUUCCCUUACAAUGUGAUAGUGAAGACAUGGUACCAUAUGGUGUUGCCUUUUUCUAAGCACUGUAAGUUGUACUAUACCUUAAGAAACAAAUUAAAGGUCGAGCAUGAGAACCACUCUGUGUAGAAUUACUGAUCUUUUAUAAUAAAAGUGUGCGCUUGAGUCAGUGAAGGGAGGACAGCUGCAAAUAUUUACAGUGCAGUGGGUAAAAUGCAAGAAGCGAGAUCAUGCUCAUCCCAUUCAUAGCUUUACAUGUUUCUAAAACAAAUUGCACUAGCUUUAUUUUUUCCCAUAACUAGACAUACGGUUCUUCUUUGUACGUUGCACGCAAAACUACGUUUCCUAGGAAAAAAGCUACAUAGACUGAGGCUUAUAGGCAAUACAGAUCUUAGAAUGUACAAUACGGAGGUGUGUUUUGGCCUCUUUUAGAAGUCAGUGGGAUGAAUGUAAGCUUACUUCUGAUUUUCAUGUAACUAUGGUGCCACUUUUUAUUGACUUUGUCCAUAUGAAAUUUAUUCACAUGCCUUUGCAAUAACUAGAUUGUGAGACGAUAGCCCCAUGCUGUAACAAUAACCAGUUGUUUGAGGUGCUUGCAGUUGUCUAAUUAAAGUGUUUUGUUUUUUCA